AAAACAGGAAGUGGUUCUCGGCUCAUAUCGUCGCAUUGAUUUCACUCACAACAAUAAAAGAUAUUCAGAUACUAUACAUUUCACCAUAGAAUUUGCAAAGAUAAUAAAAAUCCUACUUGAACAAGGGUACCGUCGUAACUAAUGCUGUCGGACGCAGACUACUCGGGGAAUGCCUCUGGUUCCCGUCGAGUUCGAAAGAGGAGUUCAGGAGAGUCACCUGGAGAAGGAACACGCUCUGCAGGACGACAGAUGAACGCCAGGGUCAAACGCACCAGCAACCCCCCACCAUCUGGACAGAUCAAAAGAAAGGCCACAGACACAGAAGAAGAAGAUGACCAGUCAGAGAAGAAGUACAGAAGGUGUGAGAAGUCAGGGUGCUCAGCCACGUAUCCAGUCUGUUUCGCAAGUGCUUCUGAAAGGUGUGCUAAAAAUGGAUACACGUCUCGCUGGUAUCAUCUGUCCUGUGGGGAACAUUUUUGCAAUGAGUGCUUUGAUCACUACUAUAGAAGUCACAAGGAUGGCUAUGAGACAUUUUCUGCUUGGAAAAAGGUCUGGACCAGUAAUGGCAAAAGUGAGCCCAGUCUUAAAGCUUUCAUGGCUGACCAGCAACUCCCAUACUGGAUUCAGUGCACAAACUCAGAUUGCAGGAAGUGGCGUCAGCUGACCAAAGAAAUUCAACUCACAGCUUCUCUUGCUGCACUAUACCGAUGCGGCAUGAAGUUUAACAAUGUUAAGACUGAAGGAGCCGACCAUUGCUCUCAACCUGAGGACUUGAGAGUGGCGGAGGUGGGUGAAAGCUGGUGGCAGUCGAUGCUCAUUUUGCCUCCUCUGUUCAAAGACAGUCCAGCAAGUCCUUUCCUUGCAGCGUAUUACCCAGACUGUGUGGGCAUGAGUCCCUCUGGCUCCUCUGUGUCUCCCAAUGAACUGAGAGCAGACCACUGUCGAACUGUACAACCACAGAUCCCAGGUCUGUGCCCAUAUUUCCAGCCCUUUUACCAGCCAAAUGAAUGUGGGAAGGCCCUGUGUGUGCGUCCGGACAUGAUGGAGCUGGAUGAACUUUAUGAAUUUCCUGAAUUUUCCCGAGACCCGACAAUGUAUCUGGCUUUGAGAAACCUCAUUCUAGCUUCUUGGCACCGAAACUGUAAGGAGGUGCUCACAUCUGAAAAAUGUGCCCUCCAUGUGAUUGUUCGAGGUUUGGUGAGGAUCCGCUGUGUUCAGGAGAUGGACCGAGUGCUUCAUUUUAUGACCAGGAAAGGCCUCAUCAACACUGGGGUCCUGUCUGUGUCCCGGCCGCUGUUGCCGGAGACACACCGCUCUAAAAAUGUUAUCAUUAUUGGAGCAGGGGCCUCUGGACUGGCUGCGGCACGACAACUGCACAAUUUUGGCACUCAGGUGGUUGUGCUGGAGGCGAGAGAGAGGAUCGGAGGUCGGGUUUGGGACAACACCUCAAUGGGGGUCACUGUGGGUCAUGGGGCUCAGAUCGUUAAUGGCUGUGUGAACAACCCUAUUGCACUCAUGUGUGAACAAAUGGGGAUAAAGAUGCAUAAACUGGGAGAGCGCUGUGACUUGUUUCAGGAGGGAGGACAGGUCACUGAUCCGUCCAUCGACAAACGAAUGGAUUUUCACUUUAACGCAAUUUUGGACGUGGUCUCAGAGUGGAGGAAAGACAAGUCGCAAAACCAGGACACACCACUAGGAGAAAAAGUUCAAGAAGUGAAGAAGAACUUUCUGCAGGAGUCUGGGAUACAGUUUAGUGAUUUGGAGGAAAAAGUUCUUCAGUUUCACCUCAGUAACCUGGAGUUUGCUUGUGGAAGUCCUCUAGGCCAGGUUUCAGCUCGAUCCUGGGACCACAAUGAGUUCUUCGCACAGUUCUCUGGAGACCACACUCUCCUCACUAAAGGAUACUCUGUUUUACUGCAGAAACUCGCCGAGGGCUUGGACAUCAGAACCAAGUGUCCUGUUCAAUCCAUUGAUUACUCUGGAGAUCACGUCAAAGUAACUUCAGUCAAUGGAACUCAGUGGACAGCACAGAAGGUUUUGGUUACAGUCCCAUUGACGUUGCUUCAGAAAAACUUCAUUCAAUUCAGCCCUCCCUUUUCUGACAGAAAAAUGAAAGCCAUCCACAGUCUUGGAGCUGGCAUAAUUGAGAAGGUUGCUCUCCAGUUCCCAUUCAGAUUCUGGGACAGUAAAAUCCAAGGAGCAGAUUAUUUUGGUCACAUCCCCCCGAGUCCAGACCACAGAGGCAUGUUUAGUGUCUUUUAUGACAUGAAUCCACAGGGAAAGCAUGCCGUUCUUAUGUCUAUUAUUUCUGGGGACGCUGUGGCUGCUGUCAGCGAUAUGAAUGAAAAGGCAGUGAUAGACGUCUGUAUGAAAGUUCUACGGGAACUUUUUAAAGAACAGGAAGUUCCAGAUCCUUUAAAUUAUUUUGUGACGCAUUGGAGCAGAGAUAUGUGGGCCCAGAUGUCAUACAGCUUUGUGAAGACAGGGGGCAGUGGCGAAGCGUAUGACAUCCUUGCUGAAGACAUACAAGGAAAAGUCUUCUUUGCUGGAGAGGCCACCAACAGACAUUUCCCACAGACUGUAACUGGAGCCUAUUUGAGUGGAGUGAGGGAGGCCAGCAAGAUGGCAGCAAUUUAAUAUAUUAUAUCUAAACUCCCAAAACAUCACCAGCAGCACUGCCCAUAGGCCCCAAAAUGCAACUAAAGACUGUUAUCCAACCUGAGGAAUUGCAUCCUCUUCACUUGAAAAUUCAUUCAUUUUUCUGUGACCUGUCUGUUAAAACUGUUUUGUCUCAUGAGUCGAGUUUGACUCUCAAGGGCUUGGAAAAUAUUGAUGUCUAAUUUAUUUGAAGAAAUCAGUUUCUUCUAUAUAAACUUUCUUUUUUCACUCUGCAAAUGAGGAGCAUAAUGUUACUUUAAUUAAAAUUGCGGCACUUCAGUUAUUAAUUGCUCUAAAAUAGUCUAAAUGUAAGAAAACUGAUUAAUUGCUUUUGGGGUAGCAACACUUACUUUAACUUCAGUAUUGCGUGUUAAUCGUCUUUGUCUAUGUAGUAAUGAAAUGGUGUGGUGUAGUAGGGGUGCUGAUAGCACUAUUGAGUAUGAAUGUUUUUUUGACUAAAAACAGUAGAUAGUUGGUUUAAACUAGACUGUCACCUCAAUUCUCAGGGUAUGAUCAGGGCAGAAAAUAAAAUAUUUGAUACAAAAACACUAAACUAUGAUAUAAAUAAAAAGUUGUGCUUGAUCAAUGCUUUCCUAAAAUAUACACAAUAAAAUUACAAUAAAAUUGCGUGAUAAAAAGUACUUAACUUGUAUGUGUGUAAUAAACUCAGCUGUUGACUGCCAACCUU